CAACCACCUUAGGACUGUGGAGCAGACGCAACUCUGCCUGAAUCCCACCCCUUUAAUCCACCGCCGGCGAGUACAGACACCGCUCCGGUAGCUCAAAAAGCUAAAGAAAAGAAAAAGUUUUCAAUCUCUCCUUGAGCCCUUCCUCUCUCUCUCUCUCUCUCUCUCUCUCUCUGAUUGAAUCUCAGUGAGUUUUCUAAGUUCUGAGACUCAGUACUUAUCUACCAAAUCUUGAACGGAUUUUUGAAAAUCGGCGGAGCUGGGGAAUAUUGUACCCGUGAUGGGAUUUUGUAUAUGUCCAACUGAAACUCCGACGAGAUUGCUGUGGAGUACUAGCUUCUUUCGUCAUAAGUUCAUGAUCUUCUGACACAUCUCAGAAGAAAGAUACUAAAAUUUCUACUGCUUUGGUUUUCGUGGGGGUUGGGUUUUAUGUAGAUUGUAGAGCCUUGUCUGUACUGAUCGUUUCUGUUUUCCAAUCCUUCGGAGAGUAAAUUACGUCGGGGGUUGGGUUUGAAGGGGAGAAGCCCCUGCUUUCUCCGACGAUCUGACGACGCAGUGACACACAGAGGGAUAAACCCUUAACAGAUGAGCUCCUCUAUGGAUUCCGGUUGUUUGUUCUUCGAUGCUUCCUGCCAUGGGAACAUGUUGCUCCUUGGGAACCCAGAUUCUAUCUUUCGAGGAACGGGAUCGAUGCUGAACAUGGAGGAAAACACGAAGAGGCGCCCUUUCUUCAGCUCGCCGGAAGAACUAAUGGAUGAAGAAUAUUACGACGAACAGCUUCCCGAAAAGAAAAGGCGCCUCACUCCUGACCAGGUUCACCUCUUGGAGAAGAGCUUCGAGGCAGAGAACAAGCUGGAGCCAGAAAGGAAGACGCAGCUUGCCAAGAAGCUUGGCCUGCAGCCGAGGCAGGUCGCUGUGUGGUUCCAGAACCGCAGAGCUCGUUGGAAGACGAAGCAACUAGAGAGAGAUUAUGAUAUUCUUAAGUCCUCUUACGAAUCCCUCCUCUCUGAUUACGAAUCCAUCCUUAAGGAGAAAGAAAAGCUCAAAGCUGAGGUGGUGUCCAUGACGGAGAAAUUGCAGGCCAAGGAAGAGACAGGAGCGGCUGGUCAGAAACCAGUCGGACCGGUAGUCGAAGUGGAAGGAGGGCCUGGCGAGGAAGGAGCGAUUCAGAUGAGUGUGAAGGUGGAGGACCGGCUGAGUCCAGGGAGCGGAGGAAGCGCCGUGGAGGACGUCGAUGAUGGUGGUCUACAGCUGGUGGACAGCGGCGACUCUUACUUCCCUGAUGAUGAAUACCAGAAUGGCUGCAUGGGCGGCGAUGGGUCUGGCUCUGGGACUGGUCCUGUCGAUGGGGUGGAAGAUAACGGCAGUGAUAAUGGUGGCACUUACUUUUCCGGCGUCUUUGCUAGUGGCGAUCACCAACCCCAUGAGGCCACUGAGACCUUGGCCUGGUGGGUCUGGAAUUGAAGAGUUCUCUCUUCCUCUUCUUUUCUUCUAUAAUCUACAUUCUACCCUGCAGUGUUUCUUCUUCUUCUUCUUCUUCUCUUUUUCUUGCUGUGUAAAAUCCCUAUAUAAUUUGGUGAGUGAUGAAGGAAAAAUAAGGGCAAGAGUUAAAGGGAAUACGAAUAGUUGUCCUUUCUAAAUAGUAUGAACUAUGAACUGGGACUCCCUUCCUAUUUGCUGGUGAAUUAUAAUAAAUGGUUUUUUUCCUUUUUUGAAAAUAA